UUUUUAUAUAUGUAAACAAUAUGUUUUGGCUUUAUUUUAGUAGCGCAGUCACAUUUUAAUUGUAUUUUACGACCCUUCGAGAUUGAUUAAAUACAUUUUUAACUGUAUUUUACGACCCUUCGAGAUCGUCUUGAACGCAACAUCCGGGUCCUGCCAUGCUCGCUGUCGUGAACGCGCUCACGAUGCCAGCUGGCUAGCUGGAGGUUCGCUAAUUAAAACUUAACACAUUUUUUCAUCGCCUUCAGACUACACCAACGUCUCGACGACGAAACGAGAAGAAAGCAGCACAAUAAAGGAGUGAGGGGAGCAGUGGGCAGCAGCGGUGGCCGCGCCCAGGAAUCAUUUUUGGUGAUUUAACCCCCAAUUCCAACCCUUGAUGCUGAGUGCCAAGCAGGGAGACCAACACCGACUACCUGAUGAGAGCGACGGUGGUCUAUCACAGCCUCAGAGGAAGGUUCUAGCGGCUUGGCAAGGCGCCUUUGAGCAAGGCAGGAGCUCGUCAGUGGUUCUCCAGCAGGUGGCGGUGUUGGAAAAGGUGCAGGCGUUCGCCAGGUGUUGGAGGAGGCCAGUCGACGCUUUCUGAAUGGGACGCAGCAAACAUCCCUCCUCCUCCUCCUCCUCUUCCUCCAUGUGAAGAUGUUCCGUGACGAGAGUGUGUGUUCGAGUAGGGUGAAGCCCAUCUCAGGUUGGAUUCCAGCGAGCCACAAACUGACCGCAGAUCAGCCGUCUUACUUUGUUGCCUCCUGCUUUGGAUGGUGAUCACCAGUGUUGGACACCCCUUAAAACGAUGUUGACCAUCUCUGUUCUGCUGCUGUUGUUCCUCCCACAUCAUCCUAUCUCCGCCUCCCCGGUUGCCAAGGAUCAGUCGGUUUGUAGCAGAACUUUCUGUGGAGCCGGCCGCGAGUGCGUGUCCGACGACGGAGGCCGGCCCGUCUGUCGCUGUCUGCAGCGGUGUGACGUCUCCGAGCACUGGGUGUGCGCCAGCAACGGCAGGUCCUACAGGAACCACUGUGAGCUGCACCGAGACGCCUGCGUCACCCGCACCAAGAUCCACGCCGAGACCACGGGACGCUGUCCAGAGAAGCCGGCCAAGACGGACGUGAGUCCAAUCGUGUGUUUCCUGUCUGAUCGCGACUGGCUGAGGGAGCGAGUGAUCCAGUGGGUCCAGCAGGAGGUGGGAUCUGACGCCUCAUUAGUUAAACAGCUCAUGCAAACUUACUUUCAGAUGUACGAUAAUGGAGAUUCUCAGCUGGAUUCCAAAGAGUUCUUAAGUUUUCUGCAACAUAAUGAAACGGCACUGAACCUCAACUCCUCCAACACCUUGGAGACCAACACUCUGCUCAGGUCUUUGUGUGUUGAUGCUUUGAUCGAGCUGUCAGACGAGAAUGCAGAUUGGAAAUUAAGUCCGACAGAAUUUAUUAAUUGUUUGACGCCGACCUACCAUCCACCUGAAAGACAAUGUGCUUUGGAGGAUGAAGUGUUUGAGGAUGGCACCGAGACUCGGCUGGAGUGCAACAAGUGUGUGUGUGCGUGUGGAAACUGGGUGUGCACCGCUCUGACCUGCAACGGAGAGCCUCGUGUGGAAGUGAAGAAUGAAGAAGAGGAGGAGGAGGAGGAGGAGGAGAUGACCGAGGAAGAAUGGAGCAAGAGGGUGGCUGAACUCAGUGCUUCACAGGAGAGCUUGGCCAUGCAGUCUUAAGGCCACUUUUGAAGCAACCCAUCAGAGAGCGGACAUGGAAAAUACUGUCAACAUAACUGUGCAGGUUUUAUUCAUUGUCAACACAUCACUUUUCUGUGUAAUAUUCAACUAAAAGAUGGUUCACGUCACUUUUAGCAAGGCAUCAAGUUGUGUUUAUACUUUGUGUUAUCGUAAUCUGAUUGGACGAGAAUAAUUAGUUAAAAGCAUAUUUUGACAGCUUAAGGCAGGGGUGUCAAACUCGUAUUCAUUGAGGGCCACAUCACAGUUAUGGCUUUCCUCGGAGGGCCGCUUGUAACAGUAAAUCAGGGGUGUCCAAACUACGGCCCGCGGGCCAAGUGUGUUAGAUUCAUUCAGGAAUCUAAUUUUAAUUAUCUGACUGUAUAACUGGUGCAACUUUGACGUGGUCUUCUGGACAAUGUCAGUAAUUCAUGGAAAUUACCAUGAAUUGCACUCUAAAAUGUACUCAGCACAGAAUGUUUAUAUAUGACCCAAUCCAAACAACUUUCCCACUCUUGGCGCAAAUAAACCAACACAAAAAGUCAACACACAACACAACCUGCUCACUGAACUUUGUGGAUAUUAUUAAAAAUGUCCAAGCACAACACAUAAUACAAAAUUACACCCGUAUGAAUUCUUUACAAAGCAUGAUGGGAAAAAUGCAAAACACUCUUGCCACAUCCACACUUAUCCAUGUUUGGCGCAUUUUAGUUGGCUGAUAUUUCUAAAUGAUUACAAAACUUUAAGAAGGUUGUCACGGAAGUAAACAAGGUAAGAGUCGAAGUUUCACAUACUCUUAAUGUCCUAUCAUAUUAAUUAUAUAUCCAGUAUAUUAAUAUAAUCCGUAUAUAUAAAUAUGUACACACACAUAUAUAUGAUAUAUAUGUGUAUAAACUGUAU